CACCAAGGACGACAAACAACGACUACCUGGACGACACGACAAAUCCACCAAGAUGUCGGCUUCCGACGACCUAAUCAACUUUGACAUCAUCGAAGCGCAAAAAGAAAAUAUCCAAGCCAUCCCCAGCGGCCGCUCCGCCCGCGCCCUCGCAAACCUCUUCUCCGCCUCCCCCCUCCAACCCCUCGCUACACCCAACCCCUCCGACACCAAAAACGUCAACGACGCCGUGCGCGCCGACUUUGAAGCCGAGCUUGAACUCCUCGCCGAGUCCGAUGACCCUCUAGACAUCUACGACCGCUACGUGCGAUGGACCAUGGACGCGUACCCUUCCGCGCAAGCGACGCCGCAGUCACAGUUGCUCCCGCUGCUCGAGGCGGCCACCAAGGCCUUCCUCUCCUCCCCACAGUACAAGAAUGACCCGCGCUACCUGAAGCUGUGGCUGUCGUACAUCCGCUUCUUUUCCGAUAGCCCGCGCGAGACAUACGCGUUCCUGUCCCGCCAUGGUGUCGGCGACGGGCUGGCUCUGUUCUACGAGGAGUUCGCGGCGUGGCUGGAGACUGCAGGGCGCUGGACGCAGGCUGAGGAGGUGUAUAAUAUGGGGAUAGAGAAGGAUGCUAGGCCGGCGCCAAGGUUGCUGAGGAAGUAUAAUGAGUUCCAGCAGCGGUUUGCGGCACAGCCGGAGGAAAGCCGUGCGCCUUCUUCGCCGGCGCUGCCGACUGUGCGUCCAGCGCUGGCGGCGAAGAUUGAUCCGUAUGCGUCUGCUGCGGCACCGCCGGCGGACCCACAAGCACCCCGCCCGAAUUCGGGAGUUGGUGGCUCGCAGACAUCGCGGAAUGGCCGCCCGAAAUUGGCGGUGUUCUCGGAUGCAGAUGAACCGGCGCCGGUAGUUGGUGGGAGUGGUGCCAAGGGCUGGGACUCGAUUGGCUCCCUGGCAGAGAGGAGGAAGGAGAAUGUGGUAGAGGCAAAGCCGUGGGCGGGGGAGACAAUGAAGGCAGGUGCCAAGAAGAGCACUGCGCCCAAGAUGGCGGUUUUCAAAGACCAGGACUAAUAAUUUGGCUGUUGUGGCGUUUUGUAAUUUCAGUCUAUACCAAUUUCCAAACCUCAAAUAUCAAGUUCCGAGGCGCAUUCAAAUUCAAUCAUUGCGGUGAAGGAGCAGGUGACUAUUAAUGCUAAAGGCAGGAGUGAACGUAUUUUUGCUGAUCUCGAGGCGAUGUACCCCACGCCCGAGAUAGUCGGAAGUGAGCGGUGCUCUGAGGAAUUAAUGGCUGCGGAGAAGGGCUGGCUCGACAUGAAUUGGGAGCCAGAGGUUAGUCAUGUGGUGGUCGAUCAGGAAAAUGAGAGGUUUGAUGUCUUCGUCGGUGUUGAAGAGAUGCUCCCGAAGCAAGAACCUUCUUUGGACAGAUCUUUCCAGGAGAAGUUGGUGAUAGCGAGAGAUCCGCCUAUGGUGGAUGAGAAUGGCGUGGCCAUAGAGCCACCGAAACAUGGCAGAGGUAGGAGGAUAAAGACUAUGGAAGUCAACGAAACGCAAAUUAUCAAAACCAAGCUCUCGUCUCCUACUGCUGCGAAGAAGGUCAAGCGGAGGGCCAACGCAGAACCCACCAUGACUUUCCAUACCAAGGCGGCCACUGACGACAUAUACGAGCUAUUUAACCAGCCACUUCAGUCGGAGGAGGUGUCUGAAGAAGAGGAGGAGUCGGAAAGCGAAAGCGAGGAUGAUGAGACGGAUGACGAAUAUACGACUGAGGCAGAGAGCACCGGUACUGGACGGCUUGUGACUACCAGUGAAGCUGGCGAUGACGAGACUACAUAUACCAAGAGCGAGGUUGCUGCAGAAGAUACAUCAGAUGUCAAGAGUGUGAGUGAAUGGUCGGAGUUUACGGCCAGGAAGCACAUCCCUGGUAUGGAAGACGAGGAUGACGAUGAUGAUGAUACGCGAGCAUCUCAUCUCUCCGAGGAUGACCACGACGAUUCCAUUGUCGAGUCUAGCCAAGACCACGAUGAUGCCAUUCUUGAGUCUAGUCAAGACCACGACGAUGCUAUUCUCGAAUCCAGUCGAGAAGCCGACUCGACGUCUCAUGACGACGAAGAUGAAGCAUUUGAGCAAGAAGAAGUCUCCACUCCCAUAUCCCCUGAACACCCAGAGUCAGCCGUUCGGACAAUGUUCGUCCCCAUACCACCGGAAGACUAUGUAGCACCCACACGACCAUUCCGCGAUGCAUCUCAAGUAUCUCAAAACCGAUUACCUUUCAUGACUCCUAUUGCCGAGAAGACCGAGUCAUCUCUCGGUGCCUUCACGGCACGUGCUGAGAAGGAAGAGUUUAUCUCCAAAACUCCGUCUAAAGCGAAUGGUCAACAGGCUUCUUCCAUCUUCCGCAGCAACGAUAGGCUCGAUUCAAGUCCAUUCCAGGAGGUUGUCGAUGAGCCAUUGCCUCUCACUGAGAAAAUCCCGCCUCCGGCUCUAGGUGUCGUAACCAAAAACAAGGCGGUCCCAUCAACCAAGCCAACUACGAAUGGAGCAGCUUUCUCAAGGGAUAUCGUGACCAAGGGGCCCAUAAUCCAAGACCAGCAAUGUAACCCCGUCGAUGACUAUACACGAACCCAAAUCUUUGCUGCCCUGCAACCUCCGUUGACAACGUACGACGGUUACUUUGACCACUCAGAAGAGACUCACGGCAAAUCUGCAGAGCUAAAGAAGUUCGCCAAAGCCGUAGCAAAGAUGAAGAAAAACGCCAGCGAAAAGACCACCACAAACAUCGCCAUGCCCCCCAUGCUGCGCUUCCCCGGCGUAGAAAGGGAAUACAUGGUCAAGCGCGAGUUAGGCGCCGGCGCCUUCGCACCCGUCUACCUCAUCGAAACUGUCUCGGACUCGGACGACACCACCGAGACCAACUCCAACGCUCCCAUCAUGGGCCGCGGCGCCUUCUCCCUGCACCACCGCCAACCCCUCGAAGCGCUCAAAAUGGAAGACCCCCCCACCGCGUGGGAAUUCUACAUCAUGCGCCAAGCCUCGCGCCGCCUCGGCGUCUCCCGCGCAGCCGACUCUCUCAUCCACGCACACGAAUUCCACCUCUACCGCGACGAAUGCUACCUCAUCGAGACGUACCGCGACCAAGGCACGCUCCUCGAUCUGGUCAACAUCGCGCGCGCAGACAGCCAGCAGGCAGGCGGCGUGAUGGAUGAGCUCCUCGCUAUGUUCUUUGCUAUUGAACUUAUCCGUACCGUCGAGGCGCUGCACAAGAACGGGAUUCUGCACGGCGAUCUCAAGGCAGAUAAUGUGCUCGUGCGACUCGGCGCGGGCGGGGCGGGCUGGAGCACGCAGUACGCUGCUGAUGGGUCAGCGGGGUGGUCGGAGCAGGGCGUCGCGCUGAUUGAUUUCGGGCGCGGCGUGGACAUGAAAGUUUUCCGCCCCGACGUGCAGUUCAUCGCGGACUGGAAGACGGGACCACAAGACUGUGCGGAGAUGCGCGAGCUGAGGCCGUGGACGUACCAGAUUGACUAUCAUGGCCUCGCGGGGAUCCUGCACAGUAUGCUCUUUGGGCGGUACAUGGAGACGGUUGCGGAUGCGAGGGCGGCGCUGCCGGGGCAGGGGGCGGGGAAGAGGUGGAGGUGUAGGGAAGGGAUGAAGAGGUAUUGGCAGGGGGAGAUUUGGGGGGAUUGUUUUGAUUUGUUGUUGAAUCCGACGGCGCAUGUGGAGGGGGAGGAGGGGGGGAAAAUGCCGGUGUUGAGGGGGUUGAGGGGGGUGAGGGAGAGGAUGGAGGGGUGGGUGGGGGAGAAUUGUGAGAGGGGCGUGGGGUUGCAGAGUAUGUUGAGGAAGUUGGAGAAUAGUAUCCAGGGUAGGAAGUAGGAGGGUUGUGUCGUGUGUGUGGAGUUUUGGCUGGAGAUACCCUGGGUGCAUAGAGAUGGAGUUGUGGCGUUUGAAGAGGCAUUGGGAAUGGAUGAUAUUAUGAGUUAUUGUGGCAUUUUCUAUAAUGACAACGAGUUCAACAGACUUUUGAUUCUGGGUUUCUUAUUACUAAAUAUAUAUCUAUACACAGG